AGAGAGAGCUGUUUACAGAAUAGAGAAGAAGAGCAGAGUAUCACAGCUUCACUACAGAGAAACACCUAGUCAAUGUCAAUUCUAAAAUUGCACUGAGUUAGGGUUUUCAAUUGGGGAAGCCCAUUAAAUCCUAGUGAAAGUUGCAGAUUAGAAUUCAUGAGUGAAAGAAGAGUACAGAUCACAGUUGAGCAUCAUUAAGUUAAGUUUUAGAUUUUUUUCCCCCCUGAAAUAUGGGAACUGAAAUUUGUUCUAAAGCACAUACUUGGAAUCUCUGAAGAUUAGUUAAAAGUCAGGGAAUUUGAGGAAGCAAUUGAAUUUAGAGUGUACAGUUUGUAAGAAGAAAAUUAUCUGGAGAAAUGGCAGAAAAUGGAGCAGAAAUGCGGUCUUUGGCGUUAACACCAACAUGGUCUGUGGCUUCUGUCUUGACAGUCUUUGUUGCUGUUUCCUUGGUGGUGGAGCGAUCCAUUCACCGCCUAAGUAAUUGGUUGCGGAAAACCAAUAGAAAGCCUUUGCUUCAAGCAGUAGAGAAAAUGAAAGAAG